CAAUGAGAUCGGACGUGUUUAUUAAAAUAAUUAAUUAUUCGCGUGCAUAAUUCGUAAUUGUCUGCAUUUCCAAUCGUGCAUUAUCUGGGUCAUUAGUCAUCUAUCGCGACCUACGGCUAUAGUAUAAUGUCUAAGUGGAGUAAUCAAGUGUAAUCGAAAAAUGUCGUUGGUGAACAGUCCAUUUAACCGGAGUGGACUAACACGCCGCAGCCCGCCCCCAACGCCCACACCGCAGCCCAGCCCGCCCGGGCCCGCGCCCGCAAACAUGCAACAGGAAGAAGAGCCCCCGAAGGUAAUUCCCACAAGUGACAUCCAAACCUGGCUGAAAAAGAUUGAACUGAACCUGCAAGACGUAUGCGCUACAUCUGCAGAAGGUAAACUUAACACUGACCAGAAGAUCAGAAUUAACAACAUGUGUCGCAGCGUGAGCCACUUAGCCUCACAAAUGGCUAUUGAAUAUCAAUCCCUAAAAAACCACGCAAUCCAAGCAUACCAGUCCCGCCAAGCUCACCAGGAAAAAAUGGACCUCGUACAACGCAUCCAAGACCUAAAGGAAUCGAUUGAGGAAUCCAACCGCCCUGCUUCGGGACCUGUUUCGUUUGCCGAAGCCCUUAAGAAAAAUGGAACGAGGUACGUUCAACCGUCUAACAUCAGUUCAGUCGCAAUUUACCCGGUCGACAAGUUGAAAUCGAGUGAGGAGACAAAAUCCCUCGUUCAAAAGAUUAUCCGGCCCGACGAGAUGAAGCUGCACGUGAGAGGGUUGCGCAAGAUCAAAAACGGCGGUGUUGUGAUCAGCACUGACUCAAAAGAAGACGUCAUAAAACUCAAGCAAUCAGCGCAGCUUACGACCUCUGGACUCACCGUUGACGAGCCCCAAAAACGCAAGCCCAGAAUAUUAGAUAUCCAUUGGAUGACUAUCCUGCGGCAGAAGCGCUGGGCGUGCCCCCCGCCAUGCUGGACAAUGAUAUCAUCCGUCGGGCCUUAG